GGAGGAGCCCCCAGACCUCCUUCCUCCCUGAGCGAGGAGGACGAUGGAGGAGGAGGAGGAGGGGGAGGAAGGGUGAAGAAGAAACGGAGGAAAAAGGACAAGAGAGAGCGAGGAGUGGAGGCGGGGGAGAGAGAGAGGGAGAGCAGCAAACCAAAGAAACGGAGAGAGGAGAAGGAGGCGACGACGGUCACUCUGAGGAGGGGCAAGGAGCCUAAGGAAGGGAAGGAGAGGAAGGAGAGAAGGACAAAAGUGAAGGAGGGGAGGAAGGAGAGCAGGACAGAGCUGAGGAAUGUGUCAGGGGGGAGAGCGGCGCCCGGCCCCGCUCAGGUGCCCGUUAAGGUACCCGGGAAACGAGGGAGGAAACCCAAAGUGAAAGUCCUCCCUCCUCUGCCGACGAAUCAAGCACCUCCUCCUCCUGCUCCUCCUCCGGGUCUCCACACUAAAGUCUCGGUCCAGCCCCACAAAAAGAACCAUGGCCCGGCCAACAGCAAGAGGCCAGCCCCCUCAGCGCCUAAACAGAGAGGCCGCAAACCCAGAGAUCCUGGCGCCGCGCCGGUGGAGAAGAAGAAGAAGGGGAAGAGGAGAAACGCGGAGCUGGCUGUCCAGGAGGGGGCGGAGAGUGACGACACUACCUCAAUGUCGACCCUCAACAUGGGAGGAGACGACAGCCAGGACCCCCUGGAUAACGCUAAGCGGCGUUCAGGACGUCAGGUGAAGCGGAGGAAGUAUAACGAGGAUUUGGACUUUAAGGUCGUGGACGAUGAUGGAGAGACCAUCGCAGUUCUUGGAGCCGGUCGAAUCUCAGCGCUCAACGCCACGGCUCUGGCGUGGCAGGCCGAGGAGCCUCCUGAAGACGAGGCCAACAUCAUCGAGAAGAUUCUGUCGGUGCGAACAGCAAAGAAAGAGACGUCUUCAGAGGAACAAGUCGAGGACAGAGAGGAGUUUUACGUCAAGUACAGAAAUUUUUCAUACCUUCACUGUAAAUGGGCGACUCUGGAGGAGCUGGAGAAAGAUCCCAGAAUCCACCAGAAGAUCAAACGCUUCAGGACCAAACAGGCUCAGAUGAAACACCUGUUCACCGAGCCUGACGAGGACAUAUUUAACCCGGACUACAUCGAGGUGGACCGGGUGCUGGAGGUGGCUGUUACCACGGAUACGGAGACCGGAGAGGAGGUGACGCACUACCUUGUGAAGUGGUGCAGUCUGUCCUACGAGGAGGCCACCUGGGAGCUGCAGGAGGACCUGGACCCCGAGAAGAUCAAGGAGUUUGAGGGGAUCCAGAAACUGCCGGCAGACCUCAGACACAUGGAGCGUCCUGUUCCAGACAAAUGGCAGAAGUUGGAUCACUCCAGAGAUUACAGGAAUGGAAACCAGCUCAGAGAAUACCAGUUAGAGGGGAUGAACUGGUUACUGUUCAACUGGUACAACAGGAAAAACUGCAUCCUGGCCGACGAGAUGGGUUUGGGAAAAACGAUCCAGUCCAUCACCUUCCUGUACGAGAUCUUCAGCAUGGGGAUCCGCGGGCCCUUCCUCAUCAUCGCCCCCCUGUCCACCAUCACCAACUGGGAGAGAGAGUUUCGUACGUGGACACACUUAAACGUCAUCGUGUAUCACGGCUCGCAGAUCAGCCGGCAGAUGAUCCUGCAGUACGAGAUGUUCUACAGAGACUCACAGGGGAACACUAUCCCGGGGGUGCUGAAGUUUCAUGGCGUGAUCACCACCUUCGAGAUGAUCAUGGCCGACUGUCCCGAGCUGAAGAAGCUGCACUGGCGCUGCGUGGUGAUUGACGAGGCUCAUCGCCUGAAAAACAGGAACUGCAAACUGCUGGAGGGACUCAAACUCAUGAACCUGGAACACAAGGUUCUGCUGACAGGGACUCCUCUGCAGAACUCGGUGGAGGAGCUGUUCAGUCUGCUGAACUUUCUGGAGCCGCUGCAGUUCCCUUCCGAGAGCUCCUUCCUGGAGGAGUUUGGAGACUUGAAAACGGAGGAGCAGGUAAAGAAGCUUCAGGCCAUCCUGAAGCCGAUGAUGUUGAGGAGACUGAAGGACGACGUGGAGAAAAACCUGGCGCCCAAAGAAGAAACCAUCAUAGAGGUGGAGCUGACGAACAUCCAGAAAAAAUAUUACCGAGCCAUCUUAGAGAAGAACUUCUCCUUCCUGUCGAAAGGAGCCAACCAGCACAACAUGCCCAACCUCAUCAACACCAUGAUGGAGCUCCGCAAGUGCUGCAACCACCCCUACCUGAUCACAGGAGCGGAAGAGAAGAUUCUGGAGAGCUUCAGGAAGUGCCAUAGUCCCGACGCUCUGGAUUUCCAGCUGCAGGCGAUGAUCCAGGCGGCGGGGAAACUGGUGCUGAUCGACAAGCUGCUGCCCAAACUGCUGGCGGGGGGACACAAAGUCCUCGUCUUCUCCCAGAUGGUCCGCUGCCUGGAUAUCCUGGAGGACUACCUCAUCCAGAGACGCUACACCUACGAGCGCAUUGACGGCCGUGUGCGGGGGAACAUGCGGCAGGCAGCCAUCGACAGGUUCUGUAAGCCGGAUUCGGACCGCUUUGUGUUCCUGCUGUGCACCAGAGCCGGAGGUUUGGGGAUCAACCUGACGGCUGCAGACACCUGCAUCAUCUUCGACUCGGACUGGAACCCUCAGAACGACCUGCAGGCCCAGGCCCGCUGUCACCGGAUUGGUCAGAGCAAAGCGGUGAAGGUGUACAGGCUGAUCACCAGGAACUCGUAUGAGAGGGAAAUGUUCGACAAAGCCAGCUUGAAGCUCGGGCUGGACAAAGCCGUCUUGCAGGACAUCAACCGCAAAGGAAGCCUCAACGGGGUUCAGCAGCUGUCCAAGCUGGAGUUGGAGGAUUUGUUGAAGAAAGGAGCGUACGGAGCUCUGAUGGAUGAGGAAGACGAGGGUUCCAAGUUCUGCGAGGAGGACAUCGAUCAGAUCCUGCAGAGACGCACUCAGACCAUCACCAUCCAGUCUGAAGGGAAAGGCUCCACGUUUGCCAAGGCCAGUUUUGUCUCCUCUGGGAACAGAACGGACAUUUCUCUGGACGACCCCAACUUCUGGCAGAAGUGGGCGAAGAUCGCGGAGGUGGAGAUCGACUCCAAAUCUGAGAAGGAGUCUCUGGUGAUCGACACGCCCCGGGUCAGGAAGCAGACUCGUCACUACAACUCGUUCGAGGACGACGAGCUGAUGGAGUUCUCGGAGCUGGACAGCGACUCGGAGGAACGGCCGUGUCGGACUCGGCGGCUUGGCGAGCGCAGCAGGCGGUACCUCCGAGCCGAGUGCUUCAGGGUGGAAAAGAACCUGCUGAUCUUUGGGUGGGGUCGGUGGAAGGACAUCCUGAACCACGGCCGCUUUAAAUGGCACCUUGCAGAGAGAGACAUGGAGGCGAUCUGUAGGGCUCUGCUGGUUUAUUGUCUGAAACACUACAAAGGAGACGACAAGAUCAAGAGCUUCAUCUGGGAUCUGAUCACACCCACCAAAGAGGGCCAGGACCAGGCGCUGCUCAACCACUCGGGUCUGUCGGCGCCGGUCCCUCGUGGCCGUAAGGGGAAGAAGCUGAAGAACCAGCAGAAUGUUCCCGAGCUGAAGAACGCCGACUGGCUGGUCCACUGUAACCCGGAGGUCGUUCUGCAGGACGAGAGCUACAAGAAACACCUGAAACAACACUGCAACAAGGUGCUGCUGAGGGUCAGGAUGCUGUACUACCUGAAGGUGGAGGUUUUAGGUGAAGCUGCUAAUCAGUCUAUGGAGGGAGUUCCUGCCAGUAAACUGGAGGUGUCACUCCCCGACAUCGACUACAUCGAGAUCCCGGCGUCGUGGUGGGACGCAGACGCCGACAAGUCUCUACUGAUCGGAGUCCACAAACACGGUUACGAGCGCUACAACGCCAUGCGAGCCGAUGCAGACCUGUGUUUCCUGGAGAGAGUGGGGAUGCCCGACGUCACCGCUCUGUCUGCUGAACAGGGAGGAGGGGAGGGGGCUGCAGACCUUGCAGACAGUGUUUGCAAACCGGAGGAGACGAAGGACGAAGCAGAGAGCAAAGCUGACGGAGGAGAGGACCGAGACGAGAGCAGCAAGGGAGAGGAAACCUGCUCGAGCACGGACACUUCAGACAAACCGGACAGCACAGGACCAGACUGCCAGAUAUCCGGCGACUUGUGCGCUCAGGAUGCCACACUGGUCACCACGACGACCACAGGAACUGGUACAGGUGUGGCGGCGCUCCAAGUGGUCCAGGCCCGCCCCCUCUGGCCCACUGGCCCCGCCCUGACGGCGCGUUUGCGGCGCCUGAUCACCGCCUACCAGCGCUUCACGCUGCGCCGCGAGCCGCUGCUCAGACACGACUUCCUGCUGCACGACGGCCUGGUCGGCAUGGGGAUGGGAGGAGGCGGAGCCGCACACAGUCAUCACGCGGGGGGGGCGCUGCCGUGGCAGCUCGGGGAGGAGCUGAGGAGGUGCACCGUGGUCGCCACCGAGCCCGACCCGCUGUUUCUGGAGUGGCAGAGAAGGUGGACUCGUCGGGAACAGGCAGACUUCUACCGCACCGUGUCGUCGUUCGGGGUGGUGUACGACCCGGAGAGGAAAAUCUUCGACUGGUCUCAGUUCCGAGCUCUGGCGCGACUGGAGAGGAAGACGGACGAGAGCUUGGAGAGAUACUUCAACUCCUUUGUGAACAUGUGCAGGACGGCCUGCAAACUGCCUCCAAGGAAGGAAGAAGGGUUGGUGGACCCCUCUGUGCUCGUGGAGCCUCUGACAGAAGAGAGAGCAGCGAGGACGUUGUACCGCAUCGAGCUGCUGCGGAAGAUCAGAGAGCAGGUUCUCCGUCACCCUCUGAUCUCGGCCCGCCUCCAGCUGUGCCGCCCCUCCCUCUACCUCCCCGUGUGGUGGGAGUCCGGCAAACACGACCGGGACCUUCUCAUCGGGGCUGCGCGCCACGGCCUGAGCCGCACCGACUUCUACAUCCUGAACGACCCCCAGCUGAGCUUCCUGGAGGCUCACAGGAACUACGUCAGGGGUCACCCCUCCCACCUCCACGCUCAGAGUCAUCAUCACCCCCACCACCCGGGGUUAACGACUCACCCCGGGAUCUCGUCCUCUUCCUCCUCUUCGUCUCACCCUCAGCUGUCUCACCCUCACUGCUGUCUCUACGACUCCAGUCUGAGUCAACACUCCCCUCAGCCCCCUGAAUACCCCCACCAGUCCUCCCACCACCACCAGCACCACCCAGUGCCUCCGUCUGCUCCCUCCCCGUCCUCCUCUCACCCUCACCUUCACCCUCCCCCGCCUGCCUCCCCCAGCCUGGGGAUAGUUCCUGGCUCUCGGGGAGAUUUCCUGGACUGCCCCCCUCUGGAUGAGACCCUGGAGCUCGGCGCUCUGCACCACGACGCCAUGUCUACGGACGGUUUGCACGGAGGGAAGACGGCCAAGGACGCCCUCAACGGCUUCCCGUUUAACUCUGCUGCGGGAGGGCAGAGCAUGCUCAACUCGUACGGAGUGGGCGGAGCCGACCUCGACUCCAAACUGAGGAGUGAUGUUCUCGUUGGAGAGCAGGGAUCGUCGGAGGAAACGGGGCUGAUGGCGCCGUCAGUGGAGCUCGAUCAGUUACAGGCUCCCUGGGACGGCACGGACCACUCGAGUCCAGCGCACCACAUGUUCAACGAGUCCGAUCCCAUCCUGGGUCCCUCCGCUCUGGAGCCCGGCUUCCUGGAGGAGGAGGACGAGGAGGCUCAGGGGGGAGACAGAGGAGGGGAGGAAGGAGGGACUCUGGAGGAGUGUCUGGGCCUCCCCCCCUCCUCCUCUCCCUCCCACCCGUCUGCAGGAGACUCGGUGGAGCCGCUGAGCUCCAGCUACAUGCUCUUCAAGGACAUCGGCGUGAGCGAGGAGCCCAGCGCGGAUCAGACCGACCUGUCAGCGAGCCCGCCUCCUCCCUACGUCCCUCCUCCUCCCCUCUCUCUGUCUGACAUCACCGCCCACGACCCGCAGGAUAGGCUGGGCCACUCUGAUGUCACUGAGAGUCUGACCAAUCCUGUGGAAGAGGAAGAGGACGGACAGGAUGCCAGCGCCGGGUUUGAGUUUGAAGACAAAGAGGAGGAAGAUGUGGAAGAGAAAAAAUACACGACUCAAAGUCUGGAGGGAGAGGAGGGGGAUGAAGAUCAAGGCGCUGACCGAAGUCUGGGAGUCUUAAGUCCCCAAAUGGUGGCACCACAGAUGGAUGGGAUGGAACCCGAGCCAAGCGUUGGAGAGCAGGACGAGAGGAUGGAGGUAUCAAAUCAACUCUCUCAAGACCUUCAGGAGAGCUUCAACCAAUCAGAGCGCAAAGAGGAGUGUCUGCAGGGCGUGCAAGCCUAUCUGGGAAAGCUGCAACAGGAGGGAAGCCUCGUUUGUCCCGAGUCGAUUGAAGAGCCCGGAGAGGAGGUGGAUGGGAUGAUUUUAUAUCAAACCGGGGAAGAAGACACUCUGGAAAACUCACCUGUCUCUGAAACACUGAUCGGGAAUCCACCUGGAGAGUUUGUGCAAGUGGAGGGGAAUUCCAGCGAUCUUGCAGAUCAAGUGGACGAGAUCUCAGAAGGCCAGAUGGACGGUGUUUCUCUUCUGAAUGUUCCCCUGUGCGAGGACACCAAACCCAAUGACAUGGAGCAUGAGAGCAUUUAUUCAGAAUAUGCAAAUCCUUCCUGUGCCUCUGCGUCAUCACCUGCAGCGGCGUCAAAGUCUGAGGAAGCCUCCUCACAGAUAGAUGGGAUCAAAACUGAGAUCUCCAUGGAUCAGGAGAACUAUGACUGCCCAGCUGACAACAAGGACAAUCUACUCCACCAAAGCCAAGGGAAAGUUUCCCCUGAUCUCUCUGACAGUGUUGACACAAAGCCUUCAGAUCUGAAGUUUCCUCUCUUGUCAGAUCAUGUCAGAGAGAAGAGACGUCAGGAGCUGGAGCUGCCGAUCAAGAGGGAAGAAACCAAGACGGAGACGUUUGACGACGUCUACCCCGACAGCUCCCAAGUCAAACAUGAACUUUCCUACGUUGUGAAGUCAGAGGACUUGGUGACCAAGUCUGAGCAGGUGGAGUUUACCGUCAAAGCAGAGACUCUGGAGUCCAAACCUGAAGACCUGAGCCUCCCCGUGAAGCCUGAGAGUGAGGACAGUAAACCUGAAGUCCUCCAGUUUGCAGCUUUCUCAGGAGUCAAACCCGAAAACAAACCUUUAGCUCUCGGGUUCACAGCUUUCUCAGACGGAUCCAAACUGAAGACAGAGACGAAGCCAGAGGGCCUGGAGUUCUCGACGUAUCCCGACAGCUCAGAGAUCAAACCCGAGGCCAAACCGGAGAGCUUGGAGUUCAGAGCCGGACCUGAGAUCAAAGCUGAGACCAAACAGGAGAUGCUGGAGGCCGACAGCACCGUCCUGACCCCGAAGCUCGAGCCUGUCGAUGGGCUGGUGGACGCCUCGGGGAGUCUGAUGGUGAAAGGACAGGUGAAGGAGGAGAGGCCGGCUACACCUGUGCCCGUGUCUGAGGGUUACGUCGGCAGCCCGAGGUUUGCCGCUCCGAUGUCCAUGUGUGAGAUUCCCGACAGCCUCCAUGACAGCAGGGAGCCAACCAUCGCUCAGCUGCUGCAGGAGAAAGCUCUCUACUCAUUCUCUGAGUGGCCGAAGGACCGCGUCAUCAUCAACCGCCUGGACAGCAUCUGUCACGCCAUCCUGAAGGGGAAGUGGCCGUCAUCGAGCGAGCAGUACGACUCCCCCGGCUCGCUCCCCGUUAACUCCUGCCUGGCUAACAGUCUGUCCCAGCAGCAGCAGCAGCAGCACCACCGAGCCAGUUUCCUGACCACCACGGCCUCCAGCUCCGUCCCGAGCCAGUCCAGGGUCCAGCAGGCCGGUCCUGGGCUCGGGUUCUCCAUCCCGCCCCCGCUGACCAGACUGCCUAAGUACAUGCAGCGGGGCGGGGCAUGUGGGCGCGGAGCUUGGCGCCUCACCUCCUUGCCUCUCUUACAGGAGAGGCUGGUGGCUCCGCCUUACCUCCCCGAGCUCAAGCGAGCGGGAGGGCGGAGGUUUGACUAUGAAGCUGCAGCAGCUGCGGCCGCCGCUAAAGUCCUGGCCGGGAAAUCGUUGUCGUCUACCGCUACCACCACCAGCUCCGGCGGGGCCGCUCCUGUGGUGGCCCCACCCUCUCACCGUACGGGAGCCAUGUUGAUAAACGGCUGGCAGGAAGCAGCCAUCGACCUGACCAAGUCGUCCGGAGAGAUCAGCACCACCAGCGGAGCGGGAGAGUCUGCGGCCUCACCAGGGGGGGGUCACAAGCUGCCGCCGCCACCCCCCAUUACCGCCCCGCUGACUGGCUCGGUGGGCAUUGACAUGGCGGGAAUCCUGCAGGCGGGGCUCAUCCACCCUGUGACGGGGCAGAUCAUCAACGGGAGCCUGAGAGGAGACGACUCCCUGAGGAGGAGGAGGGGCAGGAGGAGAAACGUGGAGGCUCUGUACUCUGAGUUCACCAAGAACAGAGGACUGCACCUCCCCGACACACAGGGCCGCGUGGAGGUGAUCAGCCACUCCUCCGUCUCCUCCUCCACCUCAUCUCCGUCCCCCUCGCCUUCAGACCGACCUGCAGGCCCCCCCACGCCGUCCUCCUCCUCUACGCCAACCCCUACCCAGACGCCUCCUCAGCCGGAGAUCGUGGCCAUCGACAGAGAGGCGGCGAGUAAAGGUCUGAUUGAGUGGUUGAGGCAGAAUCCAGGAUACAGCAUGGAGCUCCCUUCAUUCGCUCAUUCCGGAGCUGGUCUGUUACACGGCUUCGUGGAGCGCCCGAAGCAGAGGAGGCAUCGCUGUAAGGACCCCACCAAGCUGGACAUCAACACUCUGACGGGGGAGGAGAGAGUUCCUGUGGUGCACCGAGGCACCGGACGCAGGCUCGGAGGGGCGAUGGCGCCGGCCAUUAAGGAGCUCUCCAGGUGGCUUGAUGCAAACGCUGAGUAUUUUGUAGCUCCGGACUGGGCUGACGUGGUCAAACACUCUGGUUUCCUUCCUGAGGGGAUGUUCUCGCGGAUCCUGACAGAACCGGUCAACAGAGACCCCGGUUCUCGGCGUCGAGGCCGGCGACCUCGCAGCGAGAUGCCUAAGCCCCUCCUCUCCGUCUCAGACUCUGGCUCCUCUGGCCUGGGCCCGCCCCUCUUCAUGAACGGCGGUUUGAUCGGCAGCAUGGACUCGAUGGUGGCGAUGCAGAACCUCCGCGGCGGGAUGGGUAUUCCCAUCUCCGGGAUCAUGGCGGCCGGAUUCCCUCACGGUUUCUCUGCAGCCGUGCAGGCGGGAGGAGGCGCGGUGUCGUCAGAAGACACAAAGAACGGAUUGAGCAUGUUACCCAUGAUGCUUCACGGCAUCCCACACCCUCAUGGGGCUGCGAUCCCGCAGCACGCCUUGUUCAGCGUCAGUGCGAUGAUGGCACACGCACCGCCUCCUCCUCACCCGAGCUCCACCUCCUCCUCCUCUUCUUCUACAUUGUCUGCUGCAAAGGUUACCACGACAACCGCGCCGUCUACAUCUGAGGCAGCCAGUCCCUCGUCGACGACGCCUGCUGAGAGAGAGAGCGCCGCGUCCUCUGGCUCUGCUGGAGUAGAGAAGGAGCGGAGCCAGGACGAGAAAGGCGCGGCAGACACAAAAAAAAGGGCAGGAGGGGCGGAGUCAGCGGCCAUCAUCACCUCCACCAGCAGGGCGCAGUUUGGCGCUGCUCAUCUGGGCAGCGGUACUAGCAGCCAUCUUACCUUCAACCCGUUCCUGAUCCCUGGCAUGUCGCACGGCCUGCUGUACCCGCACAUGUUCCUCCCGCACGGGGGCAUCAUGGCGCUCCCCGCCAUGCCUCCUGGAGCGUUGGACGGCUCACCGGGGAGCCCCAAGAGGAGGAGGAAGAGAGGGCGCGAGGAGGGGGAGAGAGAGGAGGAGAGGGAGAAGGCCGAGAGAGAAAGUACAUUUAAAGCGAGUGUGUCCUCCUCGUCUCCCUCCCUCGCCUCCACCUCCGGUCUCUCCCUGGCUGAGGAGCCCGCCGCCGCCGGGCAGGGGCGUGCAGAGGAGGAGCCUGCAGAGCCCCAGGAACCAGACUCCCAUCAGCACCCUGAGGGAGCGGCGGCAGAGGAGAAGGAGGAGAGAACGGGGGACACAGAAGGGGAGGCACCGGAGGAGGAGGAGAAGCAGGACGCUGAGGAGCAAAGACAGGCGGGAGGAGAGGAGGUGUAGAAGAGGAGAAACUGCGCCCGCCUCCUCCUCCGCUGAGCAACCGUGUAAAGUUUGUGCCGUGUCUGUCAGUCAAUGUCCAUGUAAAGACUUUUACUAUGAUGAUGACUAAUAAUGAUGAUUAUAUUCGACUUGGUUUUGUUUAUAUACCAAGACCCAGCCCACUCCCCCACAAGCUCCGCCUCCUCCCCCUCCUCCUUGUAUACAAAAACAACUAGUGUAAGAAAUCUUCUGUGUAUUCUUCCCCUUCAUUCUGCAUCCAGACUGAGUCAUGAGUGACACUUUAUCAACACACGCACACACACACUGCAGGAGAAUAAAACAGCUGAGCGUUGGCGUGCAUAUUUCCCCGCUUAUGACCUCAAAGGGAUGGCGAUGAGCGUUGAGGUGGUCCUGAUAAUCUUAACGAGCACCUGUGUCUCUAUUCUCACUCCCAGCAUACUCCAUUGAGUUUUUUAUCUUGAAGAUGAACUCGAAGCUUAAACCAGCAUUCCCCGAUUGCGUGAAGCUCAAACUCCAUUUUCUUUUCCGAGGUCGGAGAUACGCUCGCUGUUUAGCGAAGCGGCUGCAUCGUGAAGCGUUUAGCGUUCAUGUGUCUGGCUCUGCCCUGCGCGUGUUACUGGAGGUCACCUCUAGAGGGCGCCCGUAGAGGUCAGGUUCUACAGACACCCGAGGAGGUGACUGUAAUGUUCAUUCGGGGAUCAGAACUAACUUGAUAUAAUAGUGAGGUCAGAUCAGCUCAGACUGACUCUUGCGUUUACUGAGUGACCGUCUGUCAGCGUUUCAGCAGCUGUAGGAAAAUAACUAAAACAACAGACGCACUCAGAUGAAAGUUCAGGGUAAGUUUUGAAGCUUUCCCCGUUGACUUCUAAAACAGAGCUGAACCGUCCCCGAGAUCUUCUGACCGACACAUCGCCAUCAUCACAGACUUUGUGUCUCAGCUUGUCGCUUUCUGUCGUCGUUGUCUCUGCUGCUGUCUAAGGCCCCGUGUCCACCUAGCGUUUUUACCUGAGCGACAGCAUCUUUUUUUUUCCAUUGUUUUCAACGAGCAGAGAGUGUUCACAGCGGAAAGCGGCCACCCUGAGAAAAAGCGUCCAUGGGCUUUUUUUCUGAGCACUUCCCCCUUUUCUGUUAGACUUUUCAGAAAGGCGCUGUUGACGUCACCAGGCGCUCUUUUCCAAAUGUUCCCCGUAUUUUAGUCUCCUGCAGAUCGGGUCUUGUACCCUCAUCCUCCUCGCUCAGUGUCUGAUCAGGAAAUAAACAAUCUGAAAUAUAAAACAUGUAGUAAAAAGUAACGGAGCAGUGUCGGCCAUACAGCGACCGUUGUCAACAGACUGUUGUCAUGGAGACAGGACGGAUGUGCAGCGCUUUUCUGCCCAGACGAAACGCCAGGUGGCCACAGGGCCUUAAUUCUGUCACAUCUGCCUCUACACUGCCCUCUGCUGUUCAUGUGCAUACUGCUGCUUGCGACCACUUGGUGUUCAUUUUUUUGAGGUUUGCACAGCCGAGGCUCCGAACAUGACCGCAGAGGAACAGGAGGCAGGCGUAACGCUCAUAACGUGAAUGAGCGGUUAAAAGCAAGAAUAUCUCCGACCUCGAGGUUAUAAACACAUCCACAACAUACAAAGAUAACAGACAUCAGCCCCUGAUACAACCUUUAUUUAAGAGAUGUUUUUUAUUUUAGUUUUUCUAUUCAAAGACGGAAAAAUUCGUGAUUAAACUGGAAGGUCAAAGGUCACACGACAGGUCAAUUCAUCGUCGUUUUUCAGAUCGUCUGUCUGCAUGCCCCAGCUCCACCACGUUUUAGAUACUUAGCAUAAAUAUAUUUUUGAACUUGACCUCGAUUAUUAACGCUACACCAGCUUCUUCACUCUUCAGACAGGAAGAGGAAACACUGAGAACAAGAACUCCACCUUCUUGUUUGCUUUCAUCGAUAAACAAGCAGAGAACAAUCAUGAGAUUCAUUUCUUUUAUUCUUUUCAUCAUGUCGAGAUUUUUUUUUAACAACUCAAAACACAAAGUCACUUUGAGAGGAAAUCAAGGAAAAAGGAACUGUAAAAUUAAGAGCACCUUCAGGCCACCAGGGGGCGGUAGGAGGCAGAUGAGAUUGUAUUAUGCCUUGCAACCAGUGAGGCGGCGAGAUGGAGGGAGACGAGAGGAGGGGAGGGAGGAGGAGGAUUUUCUUUCUGUUCUGGUUUUAUCCGACUCCCACAUGUGACGUAUUAGAGCUGCAGAACGGAUCCACUCAUGACCUGUAGCAUCAUCUCAUCGGUCGACCCCCUCACCUUUUUUUUCCAUCCUGUGCAUCGUCUGUCCAGAGAAAGGGAAUCAUUUGUUGUUCAGGAAUGAAGAACAGAUCAAAAAACAGGACGAGGAGGGAUGCACGGCUGUGAGAAGCAUCGCUCUUUGUUUUCUUCGGUUGAGUUUUAAAGCAGUUCAUACUAAGAGUUUCUAAAUAUGUAAAUCUAUCGCUGUAUAUUGCUGUUUUUCUUUUUGUUUUUUUCUUUCACCUUUUUGUUUCUGCAUUGGGAAAAAAAUACUUGACAGAAGCGAUGUUUGGCGUUGCGGUUAGUCCCGGUGUUUUCUGACUGUACUGUACAUGAAAUGAUGCAAAGUGUCUGCAGAACAGGGUGUGUAUUUAGAGGCGUUUAUGUCACAUGUUGGAAUUCACUUUGGUUUCGUUUUCAUACCUGAAAACGAUUUUUUGCACAGUGUCUUUUUGUGAACCUGUUCCCGUAGAGUCCUGUGUUUCCUUCAGAGUGUGAGAGAGUGUGUGUGUGUGAGGUCACAAGAGAGAGAGUGUGUCUGUGUGCAUGCAUGCGCACACGUUUUUGAUGUCUUCUCCCGUCUCGUCCCGACAGGUCACAUUUCUUGUUGAGAAAAAAAAAAACAUAGUUGUUGCCUUGUCACAAGUUUGUGGCUCCAUAUAAUUUAUUCUACUUUUUUCCUUUUGCUUUGCCAAACUCUCACCAAAUAUGACAUUCAUUCUUUUUUUUAGUUUCAUGACGUAUUAUUCAACGUAAAAUGCCUUAUUUAGCGAGUAUUUGUUUUUGUAUAGCCAUUCUGUUAGAUCUCCAUAUAUGAACAUGUUAUUGUUACUGUGUUUGUUUGUAUGCGUACACGGCCUUGGCCAUGUGCAUUAUCUUCAUUAUCUUCACAUCAGUGCGAAGGUACCACGGUCUCCAAAUCACUACGUUAAUUCCCAAACAAUCAGUCAUCCCUGAAAGCACAAACGGAGAGUUAACAAAACGUUUCUAACCAGUGCCUCUAAAACGACCUUUCAUAGUUUCUCUCUUCUCUCUGUGGGCGUCACUUGUGCACUAUGUGGACGCCAUGCUUCGAUAGUUUCGUCAUCCCCCGGUUUAGGGGGGGCAGGACGAUGAACAUUUGGAAAUGUCACUCCGAUAUGCAGACGAUACCAUGCUGUUUGUUAAGGGGGAAUUCUGGAUUCUCUCCAACCCGAGUCGUGGAUCAUUUUACACUCAAAUCCAUUGUAGAGGUUCAGAAAAGAUGAGCAAGAUGUCACCCGGAAAAGAAGCGUGAUCCUCCUAGUGUUGGAGUACUCUAAAUUGGUCUUGGUCUCGAUACCACUUUUUGAAGGUCUUGGUUUCAUCUCGGAAUCGAAAAUUUCGGCCUUGUCUCAGUCUCAGAUUGGACGGACUCUAGAUUUUAAGUCAAGACCACCACUGACCACGUCGUUAAUGUAAUUAGAAGCAAAACUCAGAGCACAGGUUGACUAAUGGAAGUUCCGGGGUUGUCCAUUUUGUAACGGGCUGAGCAAUGAAAGUGACAUAAGAGGAAAAGCUAAGUGCUAAAAUUAGCGAACUCUUCACAAGACCUUUGUAGGGCAAAAUCGGUAAAGAGGCGAUGUACUUGCAUGAAGCGGUUAAUGGCGUCUCCAGCGGUUAGGCGUACUGUACUUGAGUGCCGCCGUGAGUCGUUCUGAUUCUCUACAAUGGAGACGAGUCGUAAAAAUUUUCGGACUUUAGAAACACAGUUUGUUAAACGCCAGAGUUUCCUGUCAAGAAUUGCUGUUGAAUCCCGCACCGCACUCAUUCUGCACGAGGCCUUCUGUUCGCCAUCCAGCACCGCGUCGAGGAAAAUAAUGCGCGCACAGUUUGUCUCCUUCAAAUAGUCGACCGUCUUUGUGUUUUCCUAAAUCAGCAGCCUGUCGUUUUGUUCCACGGCGGAGGAAUCGCUUCAAUCCCACAUCGCUCUCUCUGUUACGGACUCGAUCUGGUGAGAAAACCUGAAAGGAAGUCGUGCAGGUUUCAGUGUGCGAGGAGACUGGAGGCUCUGUGUACACGUCACGCCAUGCCUUCUCUAACAGUGUUCUGUCUGCUCAUGUCACCUCAACAUGUUGUAAACGUUUGAUCUCUGCUCAUGAAUGAUGUAUUUAUUGUAUAGUUCUUGUCUUUACAUGACUGACUUUUGUUACUCUUGAAAGUCUCCUGAAAGCAUUUUUUGGUUCACAUGGAAGUUAAACUCUGCUUUUCUUUGUCACUUUUUAACCUGCUAUAUAAAGAUGUUUUUAAAAGUC